AUGAGCAAAAAGGGCAAUAAAACGCAGCAACCAGAGACUAGCUACGCAGAACGUGAUAUCGUGCUAGCCAAAGUACGCGGCUUUCCCCCGUGGCCAGGCAUGGUCGUAAACCCUGACACAGUCCCCUCCCUUGUGUCGAAGGAGCGCCCAGCAGGCAAGAAGACUACGUUCCACUGUGUCAGGUUCUUCCCCGCAGGCGACUAUGCCUGGCUUGUGUCGAAGGAUAUCUCCAAGUUAAAGCAACAUGAGAUCGAAGCAUACAUCAACGAACCUCACAAGAAAUCUGGCGACCUUCUGACAGGCUAUCGGAUUGCACUGGACCCGUUGAAAUGGGAAAAGGAACGUGAAAAUGCAGACUUGGCAGCGGUAGAGCAGGAAGACAAUGCUCCAGUUGAUCAGCUUGACAGCGACAAUGAGGACGAUGAGACAAAAAAAUCAGCCAAAUCCAAGAAACGAAAGCGGGAAUCUGAGGCGCCUCCCCCCAAGGCCAAGGCCAAAUCCAAGGCCAAAGGCGAGAAAAAGGUUCCCUUAUCUAGAGGGAAGAAGAAUGGCACCAAGUCGAAGGAAAUGGUUGAGUCAGAAGACGACGGUGAGCCAGAAGCCGAAGCUGAAGAGGACGAGGAGGCAGGAUCGAGUGCUAAGGCAGCCCCUCCCCCAUCUAAGAAGCCCAAGCGGGAAAAGGAGGACGAUGUCGAUCCUGCCCUGGAAGGGGAUAGCGAAGCUAAGAAAGUUCGAGAAUGGAGACACAGAUUGCAGAAGUCCCUUCUGGGGAGCAAAGGGUUGCCUCCAGUUGAUGAGAUGCCUGCUCUUGAUCAACUUUUUUCCACUAUCGAGAAUUAUAACCAUCCCAAUCUCAUACUAUACCUCUCAUUUUCCAAAAUCGGUAAGGUCAUGCGUCACAUUGCUGCUUUAUCCACGGAUAAGGUUCCCCGCGACGACGAAUUCAAGUUCCGGACACGAGCGAAGUCAAUGGUCGAUAAAUGGCACGCUAUUCUCGGCGCUAGCAAAGGAAAUGAGAAUAUGGUUGAAGGCGUUGUCAACGGUGCACCGGCAGAUGCGAACGCUGCUACAGAGCAGAAAGUCGAUAUUACGCAGACGUCUCCAGUGGAGAACGGGCCUUCCACUGCUGUGGAGACAUCGUUGGGUGAUGUUACGAUGACAGAAGCAUGA